AUGCCAUCGAGGAAUGUUUCUGUCUCCGGCCCUUGCAUCGAAGACGGAGGAUGUGGAGAUGCUUGUAUGGACGACACGGGGGAGAGUCAAAAGCACUGGACGUAUGUUGGGCAGGGCAAUGGAAACUAUGAGAAGGUUGAGAAGUACAUGCAGGUCUCUGGCGGUGCCUAUUCCAUAACGGAGGUUCCCACGCGGAGGAUAAGUCCAAUGUGCUGCUGCUGGUGUUUGUGUGUUCUGGGCAUGACGUUGGCACUUCUGCUUGUCUUCCUGCUGCGAGGUCCUCUCUCCUCUGCAAUUGGAAGUGUUGGAAGUGACAUGAUGGCUGCUUCAGACGAUUUCCGGUACUCGUCUCCAAUGUACGAUUGCAGUGUGGGCACCUGGCUGACCAAUUUCAGGAGUGAUGUGGAAGCCGGGACGCGGGCGUACCGCGGUCAAGCCUUCAAAGAUUCCGACACGAACUUCGAUGGUCUUCUGAGCCCAGGGGAGCUUUCUGCAGCGAGUUCGAAGCUUCCCCAGUGCUUCGCGCAAUAUGGGCUGCAGUGGGACCAGGAUGGCAAUGGGCUCAGCCUGGGCGAGAUGGAAGCAGGGCUGGCGCAACAGGCAGGGGUGAAGUCCCACGACAUCCUUUUGGAGCCUGCAAAAACAAUGGCUGUAGCGGACUUGGAUUGUGAUGGCUUCAUCAGUGUUCCGGAAUUUCGAGCCAUGUAUGCUCAUCCUUUACCGCAACACACGAAGGAUCUGCUGAUUGGUGGCGAUGUGGAUGCGGAUGGAAAGUUGGGCAGAGUGGAGAUGAUUGCAGCACUCCAGAAGUCUAUGGUUGCCUCGAACCCAGCACAGUCAAACCGACUGACUGCAGAGAUUUGGAACGAGACAAAGCGAGCAUGGUGCUGCAAUUACGAGCAGCUGGGGUGUCAGACCACGAUGGGUGACACUCCAGAAUCUCCAAGCUGUGAAGAAGGAAACGUGUUGGCGUGGAGCAAUGAAAAGAAAGAGCGAUGUUGCGCUACUGUAGGAAUGGGCUGCCCUCACAGGCCAUCCACCUACGACUGUGCCAUCUCACACGGCGAUCACCCCGAGGAUUGGUCCAAGGAGAAGAGGGAUAAGUGCUGUGAGCACUACGGAGUUGGUUGUGAUGCUGAGCCAUAUGAUUGCGUGCUUGGGCUUACGGACUGGCAAGCAGGCUGGACUGCACCAAAGAAAGAGUGGUGCUGUGACCACAAGCAGUUGGGAUGUUCAGACACGCAGUACGACUGCAAAUCUGAUGAGAAAGAUUGGAGCGUGCAUCAUCGCAAGUACUGUUGUACCGCGCAUCAUGCAGGCUGCGAAGAUGCCACGAUCCCCAAGCCCAAAUUCAACUGCCGCGAGGGAUGGCCAGAUGAUGUGGAUUCCUGGGAGAAAGGCAAGAAGGUUUUCUGUUGCUCAAACUAUCAUCGAGGAUGCGAGGACGAAUCUCCAUCGCCGGCCUAUCAACAUCCACAUCCGGUCUCAUUCGUUAUGCAUUACGACUGCCAUGAUGGCCUCACCAACUGGAAGACUCUUUGGCAUCCUGCAAAGACUGCCUGGUGCUGUGCUCACAGAGAUCUCGGUUGCGACCAUCAUGGCCACUAUGACUGCGAUGCUGGCUCACAGAAGUCAUGGCCAAGUGAGAAACAGGACUACUGCUGCCUUUACCACAACAAAGGCUGUCAUUUCGAUGCUCAUUCAACGCAGUAUGUGUACAGUGACGCAGACGCUCCCGAAGUUCCAGGGCAUGAUCAUUAUGUCACCACAGAUGGGGACAUUGAGUAUCCGCACAGCUACCACUACAGCUAUGACGACUCAUACUCUGGUUUAUCUCCUGCUGACCGGAGGUAUCCACAAGGAUUGAAAUAUGUGGCCGAUGAUAUUGCAGGCAACACCGAGUCGUCACAUGCUGUCAAGGAUGUCAGUGAACAGCAUCACUCUGGCCACAAAGACCACCAGAAUGGCGACCACCACCAGCAACGACCAUCACCACCACGAUGGCAAGACGGGCGUCUCUAG